AUGCCAGAAGUACUAAACUCAACUUUACCAAAAGAUGUGGGUUUGACAACAUACUGUUUUCCUGAAUCAAAUGUUUCUUGUGUGAAAGCCUAUUACAACAUAGCAACUAAAACAGUGUUAUAUUUUAUACUGGUGUUUGCAAUGACUUUGACAAUUCUAGGGAACUCUGUUGUCAUUAUCUCCAUAGCUCAUUUUAAACAACUUCACACACCAACAAACAUUUUGGUGAUGUCUCUGGCACUGGUGGAUCUGCUUCUGGGAAUUACAGUCAUGCCGUUCAGCAUGAUCAGGUCUGUGGAAGGAUGCUGGUACUACAGUCAAGAAUUCUGUUUUUUACACUCUAGUUUUGACAUGUUCCUCACAACUGCAUCAAUCUUCCAUCUGAUUUCUAUUGCUACAGAUCGUUAUGAAGCGGUGUGUUAUCCACUUCAGUACCCUACAAGAGUAACAAUACCUGCUGCAUGGCUUAUGGUAGCUAUAAGUUGGACUGCAGCUGCAGUGUACUCUUAUGGUCUUCUGUGUUCAAAAGCAAAUGUGGAAAAUUUAUCUGAAUACAUUGUAUCUAUACAUUGCCUGGGGUAUUGUGGACUUUUGUUUAAUGCACUAUGGGCAGCAUUGGAUGCAUGCAUAUGUUUCUUUUUACCAUGCUCUGCCAUGUUUUGUCUGUAUGCACAAAUAUUUUUAAUUUCAAAGAAACAUAAACGGAAAAUGGAGGGUGUGAAGCAGGGCAGGAGUGACAUGAACUUAGCCAAGUUUUCACAAAGAGUAAAACAUGAAAACAAAGCAGCAAAAACACUUGGUAUUGUUGUAGGAACUUUCAUUUGUUGCUGGAUGCCAUUUUUUAUCACCUCACUACUUGAUCCUUAUAUCACGUUUUCCACUCCACAAAUACUUUUUGAUGUUUUUGUCUGGUUGGGUUACUUUAAUUCAGCUUUAAACCCCAUUAUAUAUGGACUUUUCUAUCCAUGGUUCAGAAAAACACUGUAUCUCAUUGUUACACUAAAAAUAUUUGCCCCACAUUCAUCAAACAUAAAGGUUUAUGCAACUUAG